AAUUUCUUCUCUCACACCUAUGGAAAUGACGUACACAGCGCUCGCAAAGUCGCUUGGUAUCCCAUUAAAAUCCACCUCAUCUUCCACUUCGACCACUUCUAUGAGUCCAGUGUCUACCUCCGUGCAGGCGUUGGCUUCUAUUUCUACAGCUUCUACUUCCGCGAAAGUCGAACAAGACAAAGACUCAAAGGAUGUGGUAAUGCACGAGGAGGAGGAGAGGAAUUAUGAGGGGGAGAAGGAGGACAAACCAGAGAAAGUCGAGACAACUUCUAAACCACUACCCCCGGCUCGGAAAGACUCUACGCCUCCUCACGUGGAGACGAUGCAGGAUUCGAAAGCUGACGGCGGGGAUGAAAUGGAUAUGGACGUAGAGUCAGAUGCAGAUGCAGACGGAGAACUGGACGCAGAAGGAGAGUCGGAUAUCGCUUCGUCUCGUCCGUCUCCAGGCCCAAUCCCUCCAUUGGACAGUUCUCAGGAAGGGAAUUUGAUUGAAUCGCAGACCACCCAAGCAACUAGUGUCUCGCAAAGCAGUGAUGCUGACGUAGUCGUUGAUUCAGCGGACGCACAGUCGAAGCCGCAGCCUGUCGAUCGAGAACUCAUGACAGAUACACAGUUAGAUCAAGCCAAAGUCCUCGUGCUCGACCUUCUCGGAUGGGGUGUGCCACCGGAGUACCUCCUCCAGCGUGGCAUCUCACAUGCUCUCCUCUAUACCGUCUUCACCGAUUUGCGAUUACGCCUUCCUGAUAGUAUCAUCGAAGAUUGCAACAGACUCGUCGCCGCACAGUCAUAACAUUAGGCGAAGACGCGUGGACUGGAUUUUCGGACGGAUGUUCCCAUCCUUUCUCCGGCGAACUUAUAGCUUAUAGUAUCACUUUCUUGGCCUCUUCGCUUUCGUUGUUCCUCCAGUGUCUUUUUAUGCAUUUGUGGGGACAUAUACUUGACAUGCAUUUCACAACACGCUGCUUUUUCAUUUUACUGGUAUUUAAUCCGCUCUGGAUUUUAGACACUGUAUUUCUACGCAUUUUCACGACAGAACUGCCGUUGUACCAUGUCUAUGCUUUGACUCCCGAUUAAUAUUGUGUGU